AUGGGUGAGGUGUGAAAAGUGUGGGAUGUGGGAUGGAGAAACCUUACCACCGCCUACAGAGCUUGGCGGGCACAGUGUGAAGUGUCAAUGCGUGCCAUAGUGUGUCAAUGCGUGCCAUAGUGUGUCAAUGCGUGCCAUAGUGUGCACAGGGCAUGAAGGAAUGUUUAAAAGAAGAAUGUGAGAAGUUGAGCAGAUGGAGGACUGUCAGUCAUUUUCUUUUGGGGGGAUGGGCUGGGAAUAGUUGGCCUGUCAACAUUUUCACAAUGUUUCUUUGGUGUUUCUGUUUCUUUUUAUAUCAGCUGUCACCACGUACUCACAGUCAUGUAGCUAACUUCUUCAUCAAUGUGUUGAUCAAAGGAAAUUGAAUAUCUAAAGCUUUUAGCAGAGAUUAGAGGCUUACAUGCACACACACACCGAUCUCUAUGCUACACCGCAGACACACACACCUUUAUAUGCCACUGUUACACUCUCUAGAGCCUUUGAGUAAAUGUCCCUUCAGCUUUCUCUGCCAGGGCCAGUGUGUUUCUGUUUCGGUGUACCUUUGUGUGUAAAAGAGAUCUCAACCUCUCCAACAAAGCCUUGCCAUUGUAAUAAAAAAACCAAACCCAUUGAGGUAGUGUUGCGAGGUUAUAGACAGCUCUUAUACAGUGAGGGAAAAAAGUAUUUGAUCCCCUGCUGAUUUUGUACGUUUACCCACUGACAAAGACAUGAUCAGUCUAUAAUUGUAAUGGUAGGUUUAUUUGAACAGUGAGAGACAGAAUAACAACAAAAACAUCCAGAAAAACGCAUGUCAAAAAUGUUAUAAAUUGAUUUGCAUUUUAAUGAGGGAAAUAAGUAUUUGACCCCUCUGCAAAACAUGACUUAGUACUUGGUGGCAAAACCCUUGCUGGCAAUCACAGAGGUCAGACAUUUCUUGUAGUUGGCAACCAGGUUUGCACACAUCUCAGGAGGGAUUUUGUCCCACUCCUCUUUGCAGAUCUUCUCCAAGUCAUUAAGGUUUCGAGGCUGACGUUUGGCAACUCGAACCUUCAGCUCCCUCCACAGAUUUUCUAUGGGAUUAAGGUCUGGAGACUGACUAGGCCACUCCAGGACCUUAAUGUGCUUCUUCUUGAGCCACUCCUUUGUUGCCUUGGCCGUGUGUUUUGGGUCAUUGUCAUGCUGGAAUACCCAUCCACAACCCAUUUUCAAUGCCCUGGCUGAGGGAAGGAGGUUCUCACCCAAGAUUUGACGGUACAUGGCCCCGUCCAUCGUCCCUUUGAUACGGUGAAGUUGUCCUGUCCCCUUAGCAGAAAAACACCCCCAAAGCAUAAUGUUUCCACCUCCAUGUUUGACGGUGGGGAUGAUGUUCUUGGGGUCAUAGGCAGCAUUCCUCCUCCUCCAAACACGGCGAGUUAAGUUGAUGCCAAAGAGCUCGAUUUUGGUCUCAUCUGACCACAACACUUUCACCCAGUUCUCCUCUGAAUCAUUCAGAUGUUCAUUGGCAAACUUCAGACGGGCCUGUAUAUGUGCUUUCUUGAGCAGGGGGACCUUGCGGGCGCUGCAGGAUUUCAGUCGUUCACGGCGUAGUGCGUUACCAAUUGUUUUCUUGGUGACUAUGGUCCCAGCUGCCUUGAGAUCAUUGACAAGAUCCUCCCGUGUAGUUCUGGGCUGAUUCCUCACCGUUCUCAUGAUCAUUGCAACUCCACGAGGUGAGAUCUUACAUGGAGCCCCAGGCCGAGGGAGAUUGACAGUUAUUUUGUGUUUCUUCCAUUUGCGAAUAAUCGCACCAACUGUUGUCACCUUCUCACCAAGCUGCUUGGUGAUUUGUAGCCCAUUCCAGCCUUGUGUAGGUCUACAAUCUUGUCCCUGACAUCCUUGGAGAGCUCUUUGGUCUUGGCCAUGGUGGAGAGUUUGGAAUCUGAUUGAUUGAUUGCUUCUGUGGACAGGUGUCUUUUAUACAGGUAACAACUCCCUUUAAGAGUGUGCUCCUAAUCUCAGCUCGUUACCUGUAUAAAAGACACCUGGGAGCCAGAAAUCUUUCUGAUUGAGAGGGGGUCAAAUGCUUAUUUCCCUCAUUAAAAUGCAAAUCAAUUUAUAACAUUUUUGACAUGCGUUUUUCUGGAUUUUUUUGUUGUUAUUCUGUCUCUCACUGUUCAAAAUAAACCUACCAUUAAAAUUAUAGACUGAUCAUUUCUUUGUCAGUGGGCAAACGUACAAAAUCAGCAGGGGAUCAAAUACUUUUUUCCCUCACUGUAAGUGCUGCUCUCUCUUUUAUCUUUUACAAUGUUCUUGUCGAGUAUAUAUUAGCGAAUGGGGGGAAAAAGUGGGGAAAGAGAAGGAGAGGGAGGAAAAGAGGAGGAGAGAGAGAGAGAAGGGAGAGAGAGAGAAGAGAGAGAGAGAGCAAGAGAGAGAUCUAGCAGAGUAUCGAGCGAAUAGCAGCUCGACUCUCCUCGAUCUCUCUCUCUCUCUCUCUCUCUCUCUCUCUCUCUCUCUCUCUCUUUCUGUCUCUCACCCUCUCUCUUUUUACAGUAAAUUGCCCAGCUGGGCUCGAGCGGUGGUGCCCAACAUCUUCUACGUAACAGAGAAGGCCUGGAACUACUACCCCUAUACCAUCACAGGUGUGCACACACACACACACACUAACACACACACACACACACACUCACACUGAUGUGGUACUGCAGAACUAGGAUCCAUUCAUACCAGGCACCACUAAUGGUUGUGUGCGGUAAGAAAUGAACUCUGACCACGUAUCGACCGUAACCCUAGCGGAAAUGCACCAGGCUAACCUCAACCUAAUCUAGUUACCGUGACACUGAGCUCAUAGCAUAGCCAGGCUAGCUGAUUCACGUUAUACUAUAGUGCACACAGCUAACCAACAAACGUUCUAAUAACGUUCCGAGAACAGUCUGGUUCCCGUUUUGAAAUAACAUAAUAUGUGAGACUAUAUUCUCGUAACGUUAUUAGAACGUCAGGUCAGCAUCAGUUCCCAGAAAUGUUUAUUCAAAAGUCAAUGGAAAAUGUUCAGCAACAUUCUGGAUGUGUGAGUUGUGAUGUUUCUUGUGUCAUCUUGUGCUCCUUCACGUUGUAUCACAUCGGAACCUGUUUGCGUUUCUACUGUGUUGUUGAGUUAUUGAAGCCCUAACUGUGGUGUGUUUUCUCCCCUCUGCUCCAAUGCGUCCCUCUGGGCCUGCCUCUCUAGAGUACACCGUAAGUAUCUCUUCCAUUUCCUUUAUUGAUCACAGAGCUAUGAAGAGAGCCACCGCAGUUCAAUAAUGUACAGGGUGUCAGGACGCAUUCAAUGCAGCAACAUGGAAGGACCAGGAAAGAGUGCCUCAUCUCUCUCUAACCAUUUUCUUCUGCUUCGCUGGUUGUUUUAGUUAGACGUUACAUAUGGAGUCAGCGUUUUGGCAUAUGUGUAGAUAGUAGGCUUGGGUUGUGUAGUUUUAUGCAUAUUUAUUGUGUUAUUUUGCAUUUAUAUAAAAUGUAUGUGGCUUAGUUGGAAUGAAGCUUCCCCCUAUGGAGACAUUAGUAUGGCUAGCCAUAGCAACAGCUUAGCGCCUGUGUGUGUGUGUGUGUGUGUGUGUGUGUGUGUGUGUGUGUGUGUGUGUGUGUGUGUGUGUGUGUGUGUGUGUGUGUGUGUGUGUGUGUGUGUGUGUGUGUGUGUGUGUGUGUGUGUGUGUGUGUGUGUGUGCAUUUCCAUGUGUGUCUUCUGAAUUACAGCUCUCUUCAUGGUGAUGAAUGUAUGGCUGUAGCUAGGCAUGUGCUCUCCAGAGAUAAAGACACAUCCGUUCCCUCAUGUCACUCAUGAGUAGCGUCAUUCAUUUUUACUGCCCUGAGGAUUCGACUGCCUUUAAGGUGUCAAAUUAUGUCCAUUUGCUUGCUGCCAUAGCCAGAGCUUUCUUAAAUACUAUUUACUUGGUAUAACAUUUAUUAAAGCUGCAAUAUGUAACUUUUUGGGCGACCCGACCAAAUUCAGUUAUACUGUAGAUUUGUCAUUCUCAUUGAAAGUCUAAGAACCGUUGCUUGUUUUGUCACAUAAACUGAAAUUAGGCGAACUAUUAGAAUUUUAGCAACCAGGAAAUGGUGGAGCGAUUUCUGCAUAGUACCUCUUUAAGUAACAUAUUUUUUUUUCUUUUUGAGAUUUCGGUAUCCCCUAUUGGUGUGGGGUGGGUUUGUUGUUGUGUUGAUUCAAAAUGUUAUUGGUUAAGUGAUUUAGUACAUGACUCUAUACAGCUAUAAGCUGUUAUAAAUGCUUAUAGCAAGUCUUAUAAUGUGUUAGAAGGCAUCAUAAUGCCUUAUACACUGGUAGUUCACAGAAAGUGUUACCAAGAACUCUUUACAACCAACAUCAGUCUCAACGGCAUUAUCAAAACGUUACUGUAGCAGUGUUUUAUGUCUGAAAAGGGUUUAAGAUUGAUGACAGUCUUGGAAACCUGCCGCUGCCCCCUGUAACAUACUGUCUGAAACUUCUAAAGCCUUUGAACUCUGGCAUUUUCAAAUGAUCAGAAAGUGAUAAAUGCCACCACAGUGAGUCAUACGGCUUUAUAUACAUUUUAUAAAGAGAGGAAGGAAGAGAGUAGGAGGGAGGAGGAAAAGGGGGAUGAGGGGGGGACAUCGCUUUGACAGUGACAGAGCCCGUUUCGGCCUCGAUAAAAGGCAGUGUGUGAGUCAUAGGAGGGGGUACAUGCAACACACACACACCACACAAACACACCACACACACACACACACACACAGACCAAACACACAUUCAGACACAAGCACAUGGACCGGCAUACAGAACAUACUCCCAUUCAUUCAUCUCCCCUUUCUGAACACCAAACAAAUCAAAUCAAAUCACAUUUGAUUUGUCACAUGCGCCGAAUACAACAGGUGUAGACCUUACCGUGAAAUGCUUACUUACAAGCCCUUAACCAACAAUGCAGUUAAAGAAAUAGAGUAAGAAAAUAUUUACUAAUUAAAUUAAACUAAAGUAAAAAAUAAAAUAAAAAGUAACACAAUAAAAUAACAAUAACGAGGCUAUAUACAGGGGGUACCGGUACCGAGUCAAUGUGCAGGGGUACAGGUUAGUCGAGGUAAUAUGUACAUGUAGGUUGGGGUAAAGUGACUAUGCAUAGAUAAUAAACAGCGAGUAGCAGCAGUGUAAAAAGAAAGGAGGGGGGGGGGGGUCAAUGUAAAUAGUUCGGGUGGCGAUUUGAUUAAUUGUUCAGCAGUCUUAUGGCUUGGGGGUAGAAGCUGUUAAGGAGCCUUUUGGACCUAGACUUGGUGCUCCGGUACCAACAGCUUUCAGUUGGUGGGGAUAUUGAUACAAGAAGUCUAGAGACCAAAUGUCUCGAUGACACAUAAACCAUCUUAAAAUGCAACACCAGUUUCAGGUGAAAGCUGUUGUUUUUCCACUAUUUUCAAAUAUCUCACCUGAUACAUGUUUUCUGUUUUUGUUUUGCAGUGUUCUUUCCUGCCCAAGUUCUCCAUUCACAUAGAGACAAAAUACGAGGACAACAAAGGCAGCAAUGACAACGUGAGUAACGACCGUGUGUGUUUAUGUGUUUGUGUGUUGCUCUGAGGCCCUUCAGUAUGAUCAAGUCAUUCCAUAAUAGGGGCCCUAUGGACCCUCAGUGUCUGCCAAGUGCAGCUCUGCUAAUUGAAGAGCCCAUUUCAUUUAUACUCUGGCCUUCUCUCUGUCCCUCUCUCUCUCCCUCUCUGUGUGUUUUGUGUAAUGGGGUGUCAGUCUUGGUAUUAGAAAAGUCCACUCUCUGUUAAUGUUUUGAGAGAGUAGACGGGCAUCAACCUGUCUGGUCAUUUAUCAUAGAGUGUGUUUGUGUGUGUGUGUGUGUCCCAUUUCUUUGGCCAGACAAUAUUAGUGAAAGCCCUGCAGAUGUAAAAGAGAGGAUGUUAUAUCACAGUGAAUGUAAAAGACAGACUCACUCUGGUCUCUACAUCUGUAAUCCAACCCCAGCCUACCUCUCUUCGCUAACAACUGCUGUGGCCAGUGUCUCUGUGCGUGCACACACACAACACACACGUACACACUUGGAGUCAUAUAUCACACACACACACACAUAUCACUUUAUUUCCCACAUGUAUGUGUUUGCAUGCACAAGUUCUACUAAAAACCUCCCAUGUGAUUCUAUCCACGGACAUUGCAGCUUCAGAGCCAACACAAGCUCUGCAUCUUUUAGAACAUUGUAUAAUCUGGUCAAAAUUCUGAAUCUUCUCUACCAAGAUACUGUAUGUUGUGAAAUAAUAUGCAGCCCUGUGUUUCUGUGCUCACGAUGUUAUGAAAGAUAAUGUCAGGUUGUAAAAAUGUGUUUUCACACUCACAGUCCUAUUUCGUGACAGAGAAGGGGUUGAAUGUCUGUUUGAAUUUAAUGUGAGGGUUUAAAUGUGUGUUUGUGUGUGUGCGUCCGUGUGUGUGUGUGUGCCUGUGUGUACAUCUAUACAUGUGUGAAUGAAGUGCGUCUGUGCGAAUCCGUGUGAAUGACAGAGUGUGAAUGAAGUAGUGUGUGUGCGAAGACUGCGUAUUCUGUCUGAAUGAAUGGAGGGUGUGGUUAGAUGAUGUGAUUGACAAUUCCACAGUCAUAUCAGGUAGCAGACAGCAGACCGUGACAGCGGCAGGGCUACCGUUAUGUUUGGAGAAGAGCCACUACUUAAAUACUGUCCCUAAUGGUUAAUGGUUGUCAUUCUUUCUUUCUUUCUUUCUUUCUUUCUUUCUUUCUUUCUUUCUUUCUUUCUUUCUUUCUCUCUCUCUCACUUUCUCUCUCUCUGUCUCUCUCUCUGUCUCUCUCUCUCUCUGUGUCUCUCUCUCUCUCUCUCUCUGUCUCUCUCUCUCUCUCUCUGUCUCACAUCCACUGGUAGCUGGAAGCAUGAUGUGUAACAUAGACGUUGAAACACACUUUGAAAUGUUGCACUCUGUCCUGGUUGAGCAUUCGUUCACUCAUCCCCUUAGGCCUAGAGUAAUGGAGUAGUCCUCUCUAUAACCAAGCCUAGCACACACACACACACACACACACACCUAGCUCCUCAGAUGGAAACAGAGAGUGGCUAAUGCUAUUGUUGUCUGUUUGCCCUGAGGCUAUAUAUGAGCUCUGCCAGUCUGUCUGUCUGUCUGUCUGUCUGUCUGUCUGUCUGUCUGCCUGUCUGUUGUGAAUGGGAGAUAAUGACAGUGAGAAUACUGUACAGUGGAAGUCAAUCAACACAAGCUUAGAGCUCUCCCUUCUGGCUGCAUUGCACAAUGACGUGUCCCUGCAGUAGCCUAGUGGAGUAGCUAAGUCUGAGGAAAAGUGGUCCGUAAUCACAGAUCUAAGAUCAGGGCCUGUAUGUAUCAAGCAUCUCAGAGUAGGAAGGCUGAUCUAGGAUCAGGUCCCCCCCCCGUCCAUGUAAUCGUAUUCAUUAUGAUCUAAAAGGCAAAACCGAUCCUGGAUAAGCACUCUUGCUAUGAGACGCUUUGUGAAUACGGGCCCUGAUAAAUAUCUGACCCUGUGGAUAUUCUGACCACUCUGGCUGAAAUAAAAUGACUAGCUUCUGUCAAAUAACAAACAAAUGACAAAUGUCUGUAAAUGAAGGGCCUCGAAUUCUAACACAAAGAAGAUACUUUGGGAGGCACAAUCAAUAUCAAUGAGCUGUGUAGUUUGGUAAAGAGAGGAUAUUAUUGAUGCCUGAAGCCAUAGAUGACUACCUAUGACUAACUGUACCUCUGGGAAUUAUCUCUUUUUUGUGUUUGUUUGUUUUCAGAUCUUCUCAGACAGUGAAAAUAAAGACCAGGAAAGGGAGGUGUGUUUCGUCGAUAUCGCCUACGACGAGAUCCCUGAGAGAUACUUUAAAGAGUCUGAGGUGAGUGUGUGUGCGUGUGUCUGCGUCUGUGUGUGUGUGUGUUGUUUCAUUAGAGGUAAUGGGGCCCAGGUGUUAUUGUAGGGGUUAUUGUAGCCGAGGCAGGCUGUCUCUCUGUAGUCAAACACUGGUGCUUAGAGUCUUAUUAUUAGUCUAAAAAUAGAACCAGCAACAUGAUUCAGACAUAACAAUGACAGUGGAUACAAGGACAUUCAAUGAUACUCAGUGAUACUCAAAGAUACAAUGAUACGACAGACGGACAUCAUUUCAGUCUAUUGGUUUUGCCCUAAGUAUCCUAGUCAUCCAAAUAUCCCAAACUAUUUUAUUGGGUUGGAAUUUGAUUCAAAUACAUUUAGUUAUAUUCCCGAAUUGAGUUUGUAUUGGAGGUAAACCCAUUAUACACUCCGCAAUACAGCUCUGACCAGAUAAUGCUAGCUAUGCUAACUCUAGCAUCACCUUCGAAUUCUGCCCCCCAUUCACCUCUUCCUCAUCUAAUUUUCAGUGUUAGCAAUUAGCAUGUUAGCAUAUAGCAUCUGUAAGUAUAGUUAGACUGUUGAAUAUAAUAGAUGCAGUAAGCGGUGGUUGAAUGAUAAAUUGCCUCUGCCCCUGAGAUAGGGAAGAAUCUCUGGAGGGAAGGAUUCCUAUUUAACGUUAGCUUUCUAUUUUUAGCUUUCCCAUAAUGCAUUCCUCUCAGGAUGCAGAGGUUUGGAUUAAUUACUGAGAUCUAAGUUUGUGUGUGUGUGUGUGUGCGUACAUUCACGUGUGUCCACCCCAACAGGACCUGCGGUACUUCAAGUCAGAGAAGACGUCGCGAGGCAUGCUGCAGGAGGGCUGGAGGGACACCCAGGAGCCCAUCAUGUGCUCCUACAAGCUGGUCACCGUCAAGUUUGAGGUGUGGGGCCUGCAGACUCGCGUGGAGCAGUUUGUACACAAGGUCAGAGGUCAUUCACACACACACACACACACACACAGCCAUUCUGUCCUCCACUAAACCCUUCCACAAAAGGCUUUAUACUCAGUGCAUGAGUAGAAUGAGACUUAGUGUUCACUAUUUAAAUAGCAAAUAGCAACCACUUACUCCAUAGAUAGUGCUGGUUCAUUUUUGUAGAACUGCUCUGAGAUCAGUGUUCUCUGACCCACUCUAUUGUCUCUCCCUAUAGGUGGUGCGUGACGUGCUGCUCCUGGGCCACAGGCAGGCUUUUGCCUGGGUGGAUGAGUGGAUCGGUAGGUCGACAAGCACUGCUCUAUUGGUCCUCUCACUAACUAAUCACUUGGUAGUGUUCAGUUGGGCAAAUCUUUUUUUUAUGUGUUGAAAGUUAAAAUGAAUGAGUGUUUCUUAUUGGACAAAUCUAGGCGAUCCCUCCCAGUUUUUAUUCUGUACCUAAUGAACACGGCCCAAGCUUAACACUGGGAGCUAUGAAGCCACUCUUUCCUUAGAAUGUUAUCAAUAAGAAAGGACUUCCAUUCGAUUUUACUCCUUUUGGGAGUUAAGUGGUUACUGUUGAUGCUGUCUCGAAUCUACUGUCUGUAUCAUUGUGUGUUAUAGAACUAAAUAAGGCAUGUGAACCCCUAAACACCUUCCAAUUCCCCAUCACUGCGUCUAACCCUGCUCAACCUUAUGCACUGGCUGACCUCUCUGAUAUCAAUAACCCUACUUAGAACACAUACCCUAGGGGGCAUUUUCCCCAGACAGAUCCAAAGCCCAGUCCUGGACUAAAAAGCAAGCUCAAUGGAGAAUCUUCAUUGGAAGUGCUUUUUAGUCCAGCAAUAGGCUUAAUCUGUGUCUGGGAAUAUCGCCCCUAGAAGUACUGUCAUGUCCAGGGUUGGUAUGUGUUCACUAGCUCACUACUUCAUUAAUACACUAUAUACAAAAGAAAUGUGAGAUAAUGUCUAGAUGCUUUUAAUAGUAGAGAUCAAGUUUAUAAAUUGCCUGGCUGGGCUGAUGAGACAGUGGAUUGCGCAGUCAGAUGGAACAGAAUAAAUAGGCAUUUUAGCGUCAUAGAUUUAGCCGGUGGUAACUUGAGGAAUAGACACAGGUUGGAAUGCGGUUUUAACCAAUCAGCAUUCAGGAUUAGACAACCUGUUGUAUAAUGAUACACCGACAUCCCCUGGACUGCAGUUCCUUCCAUGUUUAUCUGUAAAACCAAUUCCUGCAAUUCUGUAUUGGCAUUCAAUCAAACAAUAUCCCUCCUGUACACUGGUCUGUUUCUUUUUGCGUCAGCAAUAUUUUUCAUUAUUUUUGGCAUCAAGGCUUGUAAGAUGUUGGCAUCAAGGCUUGUACGAUGUCUAUAGUGAACACAAAUGGCUGUAUUUGCUACAAUGUCCUAACAAGAGAAUAGCAAUUGCUGAAAAUAUCAGGAGAUAUUGCACAGAAGAUAUUGCACUCAUUGAAUCAUGAAAGCUGUGAGUAUGUGGGUCUUGACUGUCUGGCAAUAAGAGCAGCAGCAGUAGCAGUAAUACUAGCAGCACUCUUAUUAGCACUCAGCUUUUUCCAUGGCUGCGGGGUAAGUUAAAAACAAGCCAUUACUGCUGUAAUGGGACACCGCUACUCACUCUCUCCCUUCUCCUCCUCUACCUCUGGAAAAAAAAAAUACUUUCCCUCCUACGCACUAUUUGGAUGAUUCCCCCUCACCAAAAUCCUCCUGAUGUAUUUGGGAUGACCUGCCUAGGGCUGUUCUUUGGGAAUGUAUUUUUUCCGGUGAUGCUCCCAACCCUUCCCGUCUGACUCAGAGGGUUCUGGAUCAUUUACUCUCCCUCUCCUCUCCUUUCCAUUCUCCCUCUAUCUCUCCCUUUCUUCCUCCUCCUCUUCCUCUUCCUAACCCGGCUUUGGCCUGACUAGCUCUCUCCUCUCGACACCAGCUAUUUUUGGUCGUGUGAAGCUAGCUCUGCCCUCUCAACCUCCUAUUGACUAUGCUUGAACUUCGACCUUUCUGCCCCUCACAAAAGCAUUAAUCACCACCCAGCGCUCUCUACUCACCCACAGUGUGCCCCUCCUCACUUAAUCCCUCCACCACCACCUCCACCCCUACUCCACCUUCGUCUUGAGUGUCCUAACGGGAAGGUGCCAACAUCUCGACCUUCCCCUCUUUGCAGAUAUGAACUUGGAUGACGUGCGGGAAUACGAGAAAAAUAUGCAUGAACAAACCAACAUUAAAGUUUGCCAUGAGCAGCAGGAGCAUUCCACAAACUCACCGUCACUGGAUGAAAUAGAGAUUCAUGAUAAAGCCAGCGUAUGUGUCGUUUAAUUUCUUAAUUUCCUCUUGUUCUGUUUCAUAUUGACGUGUUCUGUUGUUUAUGUUGACGUGACUCAGGAGGGAACCAAUCACUCUGUUUCCAUGCAAAAUGUUUUCUGAAAUAAGUGGUUCUUGCGAGCUUUAUAGUAGUUUCUAUAUCGGGAAAACAUGAAGUACUAAAAUAUUCACAAAUUGAGAAAAAUAUAAUGACUUUUGAUUAGAAAAUGUUUGAUCAUUUUGAUGAUGACAUAAUUAGUAGUGUGUCUUAUGAUGGCAGGCUAAGAUUAGAAAUAAGCAUUAGAAUGCUUUGGAGUCCUGUCUCCCCCCUCUCUCACCCCCUCAUUCUCUCUCUCCGUGCAGACAUGACGAUGGAUGAGGUGAGAGAGUAUGAGCGCACCAUCCAGGAAGCCACCAACGAGAAGAUCGGGAUUUUCCCCCCGUCGAUCUCCAUCAGCGAGAUGCCCCUGUCCUCCUGCACCCUCUCCGGCCCCGCCAGCGCCCCCACCACCCCCCUCUGCACUGACGCGCCCGAGUUCCUCUCCGUCCCCAAGGACCGAGCCCGCAAGAAGUCCGCCCCUGAGACACUCACCCUGCCCAACGCCGCUACCCAGAACCAGAGUGGAGUCCCCCAGGGCUCUAUGCUGGUGCCGCUUCCAAAUCAAAAUCACUCCCCCUGGCCCUCCUCCGACUCUGACCAGGCUGAGUUAGGGGGGAAAUAGGAGGGACAGGGGAUGUUCUUUUCCCCCAAAUGCCCCGCCACCUCACUGUCUUAGUAGCCCAGCAAGACUAGCCUCUAUGCCCCAGUGCCCAGUCCUCCAGGCCCAACUAACCAUAUCCCAGAGUUCAGUGCUUCUUACACAUAUCUCCACAGGUCAAAGGUCUAACCACCAGUUUCCAAUCUCCUACAUCCUCAACAGAAGUCGGUUUUGUCAGCCUUCAAUGGAUGGCUUCCUCUUCCUGAGAUCUAGCCAAUCAGCUGUCUGAUCUACUGUAACAACCACCCAAGUUGUCCAUCAAGAGAACAUAUCCACAACGGGUUUUGUGUCCUGUCCUCAAUUAGCGAUCCCUGUGUUCGUCUUACAAUACGUUAUUGACAAAAUGCCAGAUGGAUUCUCUUUUUUUAUAUCAGGUCAGCUGAUGAUCCUUAUGUAAUGUAAAUGUAGUUGCCAUAACAACAUGAAAUUAGAGAGACAAUGAAAUUAAUAUUGUUUUGUUCACUUGAGUGAAUGAACAUCUUUCCAUAGAAUUCUCAGCCUACAAAUAGAUCAAAUAUAAUUUUGACCUUGAAAUAAAUAAACUUUGAAAUUUACUAAAUGGAAGUAGAAGUACUGUAGUAUAGUUAGUGUUAUAGCUACAUUGACUCACUAAAAAGACACCACCUUUCACCUGGACGGAGGACAGACCAUUCAAAACUGACCCCAGAUCUGUGUGUGUUCACGUCUCUCCACUCCGCACUCCAAUUGAAACAGAUGCAAGAUCAGGACAAUCACAGAAAGAGAUCCCUUCUCAGGUCUCCAGAGCUCUGCCUCAGCCCUCUUUAGGAAGGGCAGGGAACGUAACCUUUCUCUCCCUGCUUUAAAACACAAUUUUUAUACCUGCACAGAUAUAUCUAUAUACUGUAUCUAUACUCACCUAACUAACCUUUGGAACGUUUACACAACAUUAGAUAAGCCAUGAUAAAAUACAUAUUUGGCAUCAAGUUUGACAUUGAAGAGUGAUGCAGUCAGUUUAAUCAAAUUGGUAUAGCAACAGAACAGAUAUGACUAGGAAAAAUGCCAUUUGGGGAUAUGCUGUAAAUGUAAGUGAACAUUGAGCACAGUGGAGUUGAUAUGGCCUUACUGUAUGUGCUUGGUUAUCUUUGCAUUGUGCAUUGUGUUUUUAGGAUAAUGUUGCUUGCAAAUGUUGGUACUGAACCAGUUUUGGUGGGCUCAGAAAGUUAUUUUGAAGCAACAACGUUAGCGGCGGCCAUCUUGUUUUCCUGCACUAGCCUCACCACAGUGUGUCAUCAGAAACUUUGGGGGGGGGGAAGAAAAAUUGAGGAGAAGGUUUCUCUUUGUGUAAUGGCCUAGCUAUGAUGCUACUAUUUUAUACAAUCACAUAGAUGCAAAAAGGGGUCUCAUAUGCCGCAUGAAAUGUUCACAAACAUGUAUACAUAUGUAAAGUAUAUGUGUAUAUAAAUGGCAGUAUAUAUUGUUGAUGCGAAAUUGUGGAGAAAGCGAAUGUGACGUUGUCCUAGGCUCUGUAGUGUAACCAUUGUAUAGUAAAGCAGAGUUUUAGCAGAGACUGAAACUGAGCAUGUUCUGAGAAUACAACUCUCUACUCAGUGCCUCUGCAUGCAAAAGUCUAUAUUGUCUCGUCUGUAUACAAAUCCAAAACAUUUCAAUUAAGAAAAAA